GGAGGCGAUCCAUUUCCCAUCCCCGUGGACAAGCACUGGUCGAGUGUAUCUAUACGCAAAUGUAUGCCCUAAAGCUCAACCCUUUAGCGUGUGUCAGAUGUCAGUCUAGGAAGGUUCGGUGCAGCAAAGAGGAACGCGGGUGUGACCGGUGUCGUGCUGCAGGGAUACGCUGCGAGUACAAUAAGCGUCGUCCGCGAGUCGCGAAGGCUGCUGCCCUUGGCCUUGAUCCGAACAACCUGACUGACUGUUCAGACGCCCUCUCGGCCCGCAUACAGUAUCUUGAGGACCAGAUCAACAGCAUUGUGAAUAGGCCCGCACGUCCUACGUUAGCUUCUCCUAGCCACAGAUUGCCGCGAAAUGGGGUCUCUUUGGGAAACCGAGAUGAGGUACCUGUCUUGAUCAAUGUUGUGAAAGGAGUACAACCCAACACAAUAAUUAGCGACUGGCCUGAAAACGAAAUACUAAGUCAACUGACAAAUGCUAUCCGUAGGUCUGGGACGCUUCGGUUAGAGUGCUUACCAAUGGCCAACCUGGAUGAUUUUGUACCUAUAGCUCCGGUGCGAGCGAAGGCCAUGGUAGAGAAUUGCUUGCAGCAGCUUGGGGACGAACUGUUUGUCAGCCUCAUAGAUGCUGAUCUGAUGAAGAAACUACCAUACAUGACGCGCAAGCCAAGCGUGCAUACCGACAAAUCAAUUCUACUUGUCUACUUUCUUCUCUUGUAUCAAGGUUGUUUGUUGGAGGGCGGCGAGGUAGUCGAGGAUAGUGACCUUGCCUCACGCCUAUACCUAAAGUGCCUCAAAAUACUCCCUGAAUGGCACCAAGAAGCUACUGCUACUACAGCAUACUUUGUCGGAGCCUUAGGAAUGUCUCUGGCAGCAAUGGAGAACCAGGAUUUUGAGCUGAGCUGGCUACUUCACCGAAAGGCAUGUCAAUUAGCGCAGCUUCUUCGCCUGCAUAUCCUCGACAAAUAUACCACUGAUCACAUUCGGGACUAUGCAAGCCUCGAGCGUAAACGACAAGGCUUCUGGCAAUUGAUCCAGGCAGACAUAAACUUCCGCCUAUUCCAUGGAAUGUCUUCAGCUGUGUCAGCGGAAGAUUGGAUUGUUAAUAUGCCAUGGCUGAACUCCAAGCCGGAAAUUGAUGAGGACAGCCACCCUUCCGUCAGCAAAGCCUCGUUUAUUGCCAAUGCCCGUUUUACCUUCAUUGGGUUAGAAUACUUAAACGCCCUUGAUGCGUCUAAAUCAGAUCCUUUCUAUGAUCUAUUGAGUUUUACUGAGUUAAGGUGCAAUGAGAUCGAGUCUAGUCUGAAGGAGUGGCAUCUUGUCUGUCACCUCUCACCCCACUUGGCGUUCACUCCGUGCGGAUACUUACUCAUGUUCUCGGUCCUCAGGAAGACUGGCUAGGCUGUGGGGUGACGCCUCUUGAGAAAGUAUUCUUGGCGGAGGCUAUCCUUUCAGGAUACAAUACGAUAAUCCUCAUGAACAGCCGACUGCCAUGUUUCUCUCCAACGCCGUCCUGCCAUCACUGGAAACGAGCAGUAUGGGCGGCACGACGCGCUGUUGAGGUAAUGCUGGCUAUGGUCAUGCCGAUACCGUCGAGUCCCAUCACCAGGCGGAUUUUCAUUCUUCGGCCCUUCAUUGCUAUCCUCACACUUUACGAAAACCUACACAAGGUAUGUGAUGCCGACCUAAGAUGCAUGGAUUUUGCUCUACUUGAAAAGAUUCGAAAUGUAUUCGCAAUCGCAUUGAAACAGGCUGGGAGGGAUUUAACGCCCAUUGUUGAAACUAUGGAAGCUUUGACGAGUCAAGCAAAAAAGUGUGGACGGAGCAAUGCAUAGGUUGGACGGAUCCACCCCAGGAACAUGAACUCAAUACACCACUGUUCCUACGCCGAAAGAAAUACCCGUGUUCUUCUCAGCAUCCUUCAUCCUGUUUUCCUUCCGGAGCGGCACUCUUUCGAGAAGCUCAACAUGUACAACUAGGACACUGGUAUUACUACACAACUUAAAAUAGGUCUGAUACUAUGUACACUAUAUACAACUCUUAAAAUCUAUU